CAGUAGCAGAUCGAAAAUAGAAGCGAAACCAAAGACCAAAACACACUCUCUUCCUAUCUUGUUCUCGUCAUGAAAACCCACCAUCAUCAUCAACCAAAACUGAAAACCCAACUCUUCUCAUGCGGUUUCUUCCGUCACUGCGCCCAAACCGUCCUCAGCCCCACCGGCGCCACCCCUCCCCUCCCUCUCACCCCUCCUCGCUUCCAAUGCGAAUCCUCCACCUCUUCCUCUUCCUCCCAAAGCUUCACUCAAUGGAGAUUCUCUCCCACCAACACCAACACCAACACCAACAUAAACACAAACACAAACACAAACAACCUCGUCAAAACAAACACAACCACAACCACAACCACUACCACUCUUCCUCCACCACCACAAAUCCUUAACCUCCAAGAACUCUUCCACAUUUCAGAGCUCCAACUAACCACCGACCCCACCACCGCCCUCCACCUUCUAGAACGUUCCCUCGUUCCCAACCCUCCCCAAGACCAACCCCCCUGCCCCACCAACCUCAUGCGCGCCCUCAUCCGCAACCUCCCCCUCGCCACCAAGAUCCUCUUCGCCCUCUGCCUCUCCCAUGUCAACCGUCGUGUCGCCGUCGAGACUGGUGCGGUCUCUGCGAUCGUAGAGAUCGCACCAGAGCUCGACGGCGCACCAGUUGAGCGCGCUCUCGCCGCGCUCGAACUCAUGUGCACCCUACCCGAGGGCGCCGAAGAAGUGAGAGCCCAUGCCCUCGCCGUGCCCGUCAUGGUCACCAUGAUGGGCAAGACUGGCGCCCGCGGGAAGGAGUACGCCAUCGGCGUGCUCGCUGUGGUCUACGGCGGCGCCGGGGCAGAGUUGCAGACAGCGCCGCCGGAAGAGGUGGCGCGUGCGGUGGAGCUCGCGCUGCAAGGAGAGUGCAGCGCGAGAGGAAGGAGGAAAGGAGCACAGUUGUUGAAGACAUUGCAACAGCUCUCUCAGCCUGAAAUUGAAGCUGAACCUCACACUCAUGCUGCUAAUUGAAACAAGGUUUUAAAUUGUGUCGGCAAUUUUAUUACGUUUUUAGUAUUGCAAAACCUUCACCAUGUGGCCAAAAUCUUAGUAAAAUAAAAUAACACUGUCUUUUAAACUUUUUUGGACUGUAUAUUAUUAUUCUUUUGAGCUUUUAUGAAUUUGACCUAUUGUAUUGCACUAUCAAACUUGAACAUAUUGUGUAUUGUUUUGUUGUAGCUAGUUUAUUAUUUUUAUUAGGGUGAGAUGAAUGGUUAAUGUAUUUUUGGGCUUAAUUGAACGUGGUGUGUUAAUUAUUAUUGGCACCUUUACUUGUGUCGUUGUCGUGAGAGGAUUGGAUCAAUCACCUUUACUUGCUGCUGCUGCAUAUGUAUUGUGGUUGUUGUUUACUACUAUCAACAUCGAUCAGUUCACGUUGGGAAACAGUUUGGUGAA